GGACAAAUAAAGGUUGAGAUGGAGUCAGGGAGUGCCGUUACUGAGGCAAAUUUCUCGACCUUGAACUGGAGUGAACCAUAAACACACAGACAGUCACAAGAAGAAGAGGAAGGGUGAGGACGUGAGCUGCAGCACGCAAAGUGUCCUUCUGGAUUCUUGAACGUUGCCACUGGACAUGGUGAGCCGAGUGGACCAAAUCUACCGCAGCAUCCUCCUCUCCAAGUUUUUUGUGCGUGGCUGGGGCAAACCUGAAAACUUGCGGAGAUUGUUUGCCUUUCGGAAGAUCCUGUCCAACCGGGAGACAUGCCAGCACCUGGUGGACAAGACUCACCCUGUCAACGUCACCAAGGAGGUGGACAACGGGGACCAUGUCUUGAUGGAGGCCGAGUUCAUCUCUCCCUUUGUGGAUCACUUGCCUGGCCUGCUGCCUCGAGAGUCAGAGAAGGUCAAGUUCCAGGUGCUGUUGCCCAAAAUUUGGCGCUCCCAUCCCCUCAAGCCCACCUGCCUUCACCUGGCUGGCACAGGGGAUCAUGGAUUUUGGCGAAGGAAGAUGCUGAUGGCCAAGCCACUACUAGAUGACUAUGGCAUUGCCUCAGUCAUACUGGAAAACCCCUUCUAUGGCUGCAGGAAACCCAAGGACCAACUACGAUCAAGCCUCCACAAUGUGUCUGACUUAUUUGUAAUGGGCGGGUGUUUGGUGCUGGAGAGUCUGGUCAUCUUCCACUGGUGUGAGCGGCUUGGCCUGGGACCACUGGGUAUCACAGGGACGUCCAUGGGUGGCCAUAUGGCCUCAGCAGCUGGAACCAACUGGCACAAGCCCCUUGCCCUCGUUCCCUGCCUCUCUUGGACCACUGCCUCUCAGUGCUUCACACAGGGUGUGCUGAGUGGAGCCAUCAACUGGGAGAUGCUGAAGAACCAGUACUUCUCCAAUGACGUGUUCAGAGAGGAGUUAUUCAACAUGAUCCAGUCUCCAGAAGGGCACUUCCCAGUGUACCACGAGGUUGGGCAGCAGUUUGCACGUGAGUUCCCCAAGAGUCUGUCACACGUGCAGCAACUUAUGGAGGACGAGAAGGAAGACGCAUCCAGGAGGCAGGCCCGGGAGGUAGAGGCCCGGAGGACACAAGAACAAGAGACUUUGGCACCUCAGAGAGUAGCAUCGGGUGGUGUAGGGCUGAGUCUGUCCCUCCCGCGACUGAACCUCUUCAAUUCCCUUGGUUUGUCAGGCUCUGGGAAGCCACAGCAGAAGGAGACGGCCUCAAAGAAUGUCCUUGUGGGGUAUCGAAGGGCCAAGUCUCGUGUGUUCCGGCCCGACGUGACUCCAGUUGGGAUCCGGCCCAAGCAAGCUGUCAACACGAAGGAGGUCAGGUUUGAGCCGUACAUGCCAGUGAAGGACGCACUCACCUGGGAGGCCUUGCAGUUCAUGCGAGGCAUCAUGGACGAGUGUACACACCUGGGCAACUUCAGCAUCCCUGUGGACCCCUCCCUCAUCAUCAUCGUGGCAGCCAAGAAUGAUGGAUAUAUGCCCCGGGAUGGUAUAAUCCCCCUGACGAAGCUGUGGCCUGGGAGUGAGUUGAGGACACUGGAGACGGGCCACGUGACAGCCUAUCUCUUCAACCACCAGGUGUUCAGGAGAGCCAUCAGAGACUCGUUUGAUAGAGUCAUCGCCAAACACUACAGCUGAGGACACAACCUGAGGGCUGAUUACUGCCGUGCCACUCACCAGACAGACGUAGCCACAGCAGCUCCACAUGCAAAUAUGAGUACUCUGUGGUAAAUUUGACCCUGGUCUGUGAGCAGAGCAGAGUGGCGUUAAUCCUCAUUCUCUGGAUCAUUCAGAUGAGUGCCAUACUGUUCCUGUAUUGGUGGAGCAGAUGCUCAAAUGCACAAAAGCUUUAUCAUCAGUUCUAAAGUGUUUGCAAAUUUAGGGAUAUAUUUAGUGCAAAUUCCUACUCUGCACUACCCCAGUUGCAAUAGUACUUCAGCAUUUCAUGUUUUAAAUCCAUAUAUCUACGAAUAUGUAGGCUUUAUCUAAUGUGGACUCGAACUAGUGCUACGUAAUAUUAAAAUUGUUAGCUGUUAGAGUUUUGCUACUUUUAUAACAGACUAGUCAGUAAAUAAUGUAGGCAGAAAACUGUUAAUAAAAGUGUAUAUGAAUCUUUACUAGUGGUCAAGUGUGGUUCUGAAUUGUGUUAGAAAAUGCUAUAACUUUUGAAGUGUGAUAUAUUUUGAUGACAGUAUGAACUUACAUUCUUAUAAUGUAUGACUAUCAAUGAUAAUUUUUCUUACAAUUUAGUGGAUGAUGCCUUUAUUCUGCAUUUUUUAUCCCACUGUUUAAUAGGAAGUGGGAUCUAAUGAUGAUUCUCAUAUUUGUUUAGCCCUCAACCUUUUGCAUUGUCAGCUUGUGUGGAGCUGCUAGCCAAUGACAACACUUCAUGAGUACGGCAGCAAUAUUUUCUCUUGUGCUCAGUUUUGUGUCCGAGUGGUGGCUGCUCUUGUGUUCUUUGUUAAGACUUUUGGACCACCAAUGUUGUUUGUUCUCUGCAGUGCUUCUCUUGCUCUGAGAACCAGUUUUUUAUGUUAUUUAGCACCUAUGACAUGUACAAUUGAUAAAGAAAGGGGGAAUAUUGCAAAAAAGAGGCUAUUAUCAAUACUGUGUGUAUUGAGUUUUGAAGUAACGAUAUCAGACAUUUGGAAAGAAUCGAUACAUACAAUACAUUCAUAUGUACAAACACAUGCUGCUCAUUUGAAUGGAACUUUUAAAUGAUGCAAAUAUUAACAUUCUGAAAUGUAAACUUAAAGAUUAGUUCUGUACAUAAGUAUAUAGUAUGUCAACCAUACUGACAUGAACACUGUUGUAGACCAAAGUGAACUAAAGCACUGAGCUUCCUGUCUGCCUUCAUAGCAAUUUUAUAAAACCUCUGACCAUGCCAUCAUAUAGAUACUUUAUUGUCACCAUGUAAAGGUUGGUUGGCAGGCAUCAAGACCCCACAACCUUAAUUUGGGACUUUGUGCAAUAUUCUGCCAAUUGAUGGACCUGAUUUAGAUAUCUGAGGUAGUGAGGAACAAACAUGAUUGAUGGCUAUAACAGUAAGCAUAAGUCACAGCUUGUCUUCACACCCUUUCUGGUGGCAGACAUACUUGUCAGGAUUUCAGGACAACUUUAGGGUUGGAGUUUUUUUCCACUUAUUUUUCCUUUUUCUCAUGGGUUUGCAUCACUGGGUAUUGAUCACAAAUAAGAGUCUGGCCAGUGUGUUUAAAGGGAAUGAAAUUUCAUUUGCUUUGAAUCAGAUGACAUAUGAGUUUCUUUGUGUUUAGUAAUGCAUCACAGUUUGGUGAUCUAUGUAAAUUUAUGUACAUAAUUUUAUUGAACCUAAUUCCUUAACCCGCGCAGUGCUGGCCAAGAGUGACCCCUGACCCACGCUGAGUGCCGGCCGAUUUUCUUUUUCUUUUUUUCUUAGCUAAAUCAUUUCAAAAUAAUGGAAAGCAAUAGGGAACGAUAGAAAAAGUGCUUUUGGGAGGCUAGAAAUGGCUUAAAAAUCACCUGUUAUAAUCUGAUGGCUGGAUGACGAGCGCUGCUUCCUUUGUGUUUGUUCCAUGCGGUCUGCCUUGGAUGUCUCUGCUUGACCUUUUUUCACAUAAUUCAUGUUGUGGGAUUUCAAAUAAUACUUUUUCUUAUACUCCCAUCACCAUUUAUAUGAAUAAUAACAAUGAAAAUAAUUGGUAACUUCCAUCACUUGCUUCUAUGCAUGCUGCUUCUCCUUCACUCACACUUCCUCCCCUCUUCCUUUUCCCUUCUUUUCCUUUCUUCAUGCCUCUCCCUAAAUGCUGAGGAAGUGGGAGAGGACCGUGAGUAAUCCCCGUAGAGGUAGAGGGCUUUGGGGAUGCACUAUAGUGUGUGGUGGUGGUGGUGGUGGUGAGCAAGCGUGGGUGGCGGGAGGGAGCACGUGAGGCGACAACAAAGGUUCACACUCUUCCUCUGCUCUCUCCAAAUCUUGCUCCACCCUCAACAACCUCUUCCUUACAUCAAGGGACAUUCCUAACCAUCCUGAUGAAGAUUGAGCCUGCUCGUCUUCCCCAAAGGCAGUCUACGUCGUUGAGACGUAGCAGAGGUGUUACGAUACACAGCCUUGGAAUUCUUGGGUGGGGAAGGACACCUUCUUCCCCACUGCUAGAGGCUGAUGAGGGCUGGACAUAGUCUUUAUCCACUUCAGAGUCAUCAUCAGAGAUGUCUGAGAGGAAUACAACAUCCUUAUAAGCCCACAAACUCAUCAAUAGCCUUCUUCCUAAGACUACGGCAUGACAUCAUGCCCAGGCAAAUGAUGGAUAGGAAAUGACUUGUGACUCGGUGUGAGUCUAACUCAUUCACUCACUGAGUCACUCACUGAGUCAGCCACUUGAGUAUGUGACAAGGUAGGCGUGCUCUAGGUAUGGCGCGCUUUUCAAAUAAUUACGAUCAUAAUUUUCCAAAUUAUGAUUUUUUUUUCUUCGCAAUUGUAUAUAUAUGGCAGUGGCACUAUCUGCGUGUAAACUCCAGAUCGUAUAUAUACAGUGGCGGCACUGGACGGGUUAAACAGGUAUUGUUGACAUUUACAUUUUGGUCUUAGUGUUAGUUCAAAGUUAUUCUAUAUUUUAGUUGUUUUCUUUCCCUUAGCAUACUUUAAACAGGUUGUGUUUACCCUGUUAACCCUAAGACCUGUAACCACAUAGGGAUGGUGGGUGUGCUUUGUAGCUUAUCCAGAAAGGGCAGCUCUGUACUCCACUCUCAAUUAAUGCUGGCUCAAGUGGAAGGUGUUCAAUGUACAAAUGAUUGCUGUGCUGUGAACUGAAAGGGGAGGUGCCUUGGUGCCUGGAUAUGUGACUGAUACUGUAAUCACAAUAUUUUGUGACUGAAGAGGUGGUGCCAUGUGCUGGGUUGUGACAUAGGGUAGGGUUAUGAAAUGAUGCUACUUUCUUGUGAUGCAAAAGGAUUGUAGUGCAAAGUGAAGCACUGCCAUAAAUACUUACUGAUAGCAAAAGUCUCAUUUCCAGCCUGCUUACUAAUGCUCUUUUGUAUUAUCAAACCAUAAAGGAAUAUGCAACCCUGUUGAAAUGUUACACAAUUAUCUUUGGCCCAUUUAUCCACUUUUGACAAGGAAAACUGUACUACAACUUGCUAGCACUGCCUAAGAACAAUUAUCCUAGCAUUUUAUUUGUUAAGUAGGAAGACAGUUUACAAAAAGCUGAAUCUUAGUUUGUUUCACUGCCAGCACGGGCAAGUCGCAGCUUGCAGUAGUGUGUAUCUAUUACUUUAUAAGUAGUGUGUGCAACAUCUACAAGCUUGUUUGGGUGAACAUUCAAAAUACACAAAAUAAAAUGCUUGUUUAAUCAAAAUGAGUGCUGAUUUGCAGGUACAAUAAAUGUGUGAGUGAUA